UUUUCUUUUUUCUUCCACUUCACUUGGGAGAAAGAGGAGAGAGUGGAGGCGUGCUAGGGAGGGUUGUUCAUAUUUUCCAGGCUGAAAGAGGAAGGUUUGGACUGGGUUUUAGUCGCGGACGGGAACUUCGAGCGAGGGCUGCGCGUGCAGAAUGGAAACGAGUUAACGCUCCUCACAUCUGCCCUCGUGAGCUUCUGCUUUCUCUAAACAGGAACAGGAGCCAAACCAUGCCGCGCAGGCCGCCUGAGAACUCUUAAUAAGUUUUUUUAAAAAAGAGCCUGGGGGAUAAGUGGAAAGGAAACCGGUUCUCCCUGGUCCCCUGCUGCCGCCGCCGCCGCUGCUUUGUGUGUGAACGGUGGCUGUUUUUCCUGCCUGACAGACGCAGAGCGAACGUUACUGCCGCCGAUCACAAGCGAGCGGCUUAUCGCCACCACACCUGCCCAGAUGGACUUGAGAUAACGUCAGUCGAAGUCCUACCCUCUUCCUGAACUCCAGCCAGCCCCAGAGCCUCCGACGUUCAAGCAGAAUGGCCGAUCCCACUGGACUGAGCUUUGAAGGAACCGGGGCAGGCAUGGCAGAGGUCGACGCCUGCAGUUUGGAGAUAGAGAGGAAGUACGACGUCAUCCCUGCCGUCAUCUGCUCCAUGUGUUGCCUGUUCGGCAUCAUCUAUUGCUUUUUUGGGUAUCGCUGUUUCAAGGCCGUCAUGUUCCUCUCUGGCCUGAUGUUCGGCUCGGUCAUCAUUUUCCUGCUGUGCCACAAAGAGCACGUGCUGGACACCCAGCUGAGCGUGGAGGCCAGCGCGGGCAUCGGCCUGGGCAUCGGCCUGCUGUGCGGCCUGGUCACCAUGCUGGUGCGAAGUGUGGGCCUCUUCAUGACCGGCCUGCUGCUGGGUCUCCUCCUCGCUCUCGCCGCCCUGCUGGUCACUCACCAGUUCUACACGCCCACCACGGUGUGGGUGCCGCUGGGGGCCCUCCUGGGGACGGGCAUGCUGUUUGCCGUGCUGACGCUCCAGUGGCAGAAGGCUUUCACCAUGCUGUCCACGGCCGUGUUCGGCGCCGCCAUCAUGACGGUGUGCGCCGAUUACUUUGUGGAGAUGCUGGCGCUGGCCAUGCACGUGUAUGACUGUUUACGGCUCACGCCGGGGCCGCCGCUCUGCUGGUACAGCUGGGUCAUCCUGGGCAUCUGGCCUGCGCUCAGCCUCAUAGGAGUGCUGGUUCAGUGGAAACUGACGGAUGACAGCUUUUCUCACACUGAGGUUCUUAUCAGUCGGAGACAGAAGCGAGUCCAACUGAUGCGGAUUCGAGAGAAGGACGCCAAGAAGCGACAGCAGGCAGGUGGGCAGGAAGGCACAUACCGUCGUAAACCCACCCCAGUGAAACGUUAUGCUGGGGAUCUACUGGCGCCGAGCUACCUGCAAAGUCUGCGGGACAGACAGAUGGGCACAGGCACUUCCCUUAGCAGCCUGGGCACUGCCAACCACACCAUGAUCGACCUGGACUACGACACGGCGUCCACCGUCCCCCUCACAGCCACCACGCCGGUGGUCAGGGUCUGAGCAGCACACAGAGGAGAGGGGACUGCUACAGUUCUCCAGCUGUGUCUCACGUAGAGUAGAGCCCGUUAGCUGCGCCACUGUCUCCGUUUUUUUUUUUUUGUUGUUGUUUUUUUUUUUUUUCCUUCCAUGACUUGUCUCCGCGCAGGGAUGGAUCCUGUCAGGUGUUCAGUGAAAACAGAGUGCCGCUCUCUGGGGAGAUGUAGGAAAUGUCAGGCUCCUGCUUGACGACGCUAAAACCACUGCAACCACUGUUUCUCAGAGAAACACUU